UCCGGCUUGUUCUCUUUUUCGAUUCAUUUCAUUCAUUUUAAUCCAGUUUUAAUGCUAUGAAAUAAAAUGGCUACCGAAAAUUUGGUGACUGAGCAGUUUCAAUUACUUGGCAUAGACGUUGAACAAGAGGUUUUAACAAAAUGUAUAAGUUUAUGUGAAGAUUUUAAUGUCGAUCCGGAAACUUUCAUUGAACAAUGGAUGGCAUUCAGUUUGAAUUACUUAAACAGUGCACCACCUACGUUAGAAAAUUUAGAAGUUUUUGCAAGAAAGGAAUUUUCCAAGCGGGCGGUAAACCGCUCCAACACAGUCGUAAAAGAGACUUCAUCAAAUAUCGCUUCUGGUCUCACUGUGUAUGGCACGCCUAUUUCCACUCAACCAGAUAAUAAUGUCCUUUCAAAUUACAUGACAGUAGCUCCAAAGAGAGUAAAGCUAGAAACAGAAGUAGUAUCUUCACAUCAAACGGAAUUGCGCCCACCUACAUAUUCACCUAUUAUUGAACGCUCACUUAAAUACUCAUCACGACCAAAUCCAGGCACAGUUGUACAUUCGUAUGGUGACGAAAAACAACUAGAGUUGAUAUCUCAGUCCAAUAAUCUCCAUGAUAUUUCGAAUCUCAACAUUGUUCAAAUACCAAAUGACGACGGUGACCUAUAUACAAAAGCUACGUUUGGUUUUGAAAUGCUGCAUGAGAAAGCUAGUAUUUUUGAUAACCACUUAACGUAUUUGUCUCAAUAUAUAAUGAAAAAGGCGGGAAUAACAGAAUCUACUUCUACCAGACAUAAAACACAGACCGUUGUGACAGUAGCCGGCCGAAUAGAAUGUGAUGCUGAUGCCAGGCUCAAUCCCAAAUCAGUUAUGUUACAAGGGACUUGGGAAGAGUCACUCAGUCAAGCAGUACCUGUUGAUAUUGAUAAUGUGACACAGUAUUCAUUGUUUCCCGGACAAGUGGUGGUGAUGCGAGGUAUUAAUCAACGUGGUGAUCAGUUCAUCGCACAUGAAAUAUUAUCUGACGCCUCGAAACCCAUACCUGAUCCUAAAGCUGACAUGCUGAACUAUUUAGAAGGUAAAUUAUCUAUAAUGAUGGCGGCAGGACCCUAUACUACUUCAGAUAAUAUGGCUUACGAACCAUUAAGAGAUUUUAUCACAUACAUUGGUACUCAUAGGCCCCACGUGGUAAUAAUGACAGGGCCUUUCAUGGAUGUAGAACAUUCCAAAAUUAAAGAUAAUUCUAUGGCGGAGACAUAUAAAUCGUAUUUUGAAAAGUUAAUAGAUAAUUUAGCAGAAGUACAUAAAACUAGUCCAUCUACAAACAUAUACAUUGUAUCGAGUGUAAAAGAUGUUUUCCAUGUGAAUAUCUACCCAACGCCGCCAUACUCAACACGAAGGAAAUACCAAAAUAUACAUUUCUUACCAGACCCAUGCACAAUUAACAUAAAUGGUGUUGUGGUGGGACUAACAAGUACUGAUGUCCUUAUGAGUAUAAAUAACGAAGAAAUAUCAUGCGGUACAGCAGGCGGUGUGGAUAAACUGUCACGUCUAUGUGGCCACCUGGUGCGACAACAAAGUUAUUCGCCGUUAUGGCCGCCACCCGCCACUCGGCCGACUGACGCCGCGUUGUGGGCUGCGCAUUCACACCUUCCCUGCACGCCGCAUCUAAUGCUACUGCCUUCUAACUUCAGAUACUUCGUCAAGGAAGUGAAUGGAUGCGUGAUGGUGAAUCCGGAGCAUCUAACCAAAGGCCAGGGCGGCGGCACCUUUGCUCGAAUAUUAGUUGACGGCAGCCUAAGUCCCUCCGAAUUUAUCAGUGCACAAAUUAUACGUAUUUGAAGGUACAAAUUAAAUUUAUGAUACACUAUCAAGUUCUUUUAUUAUAAUA